AUGGUCUCAUGGGCUAUAUAUGAUGUCCAAGCACUCGCUUCGCAGGUUUACCGAAAAGUGUCCCCAUGGCCAAUCCCGCCUCCUUUACGCUGCUCGCCAGAACAAGCCGCGAGACUUGAUGAGAAUAUUGAAUGGAUUCCUUAUCCUUUCGAUGGCCCUGUUUCUCAACCGAACUACUACACCACCCUACAAUUCCGAAGUGCACUUGCAGUCAUUGUGAAUGAAAUCGCAUCGUUUGCUUUGAAAUUUCCCGGAUCGUGUAUGGGGAGCAACGAUGAAGAUUACUGCCACCAAAUUUACCAAAAGCUUGUCGAAUGGAAGAACAGUUUGCCUCAAUCGGUGUGUCCCAAGUACAAUACCACUCCACACAUCCUCUGUCUACACUUUUAUUACCAAGCAACUGUGUUAUCCCUAAGUAGUCUUUUGAAAUCAAACUCAACCUCAGCCUCGGUAUCGGAUUUGGAAGACCAACGCCUUGACCAUAUUGAUUUUGAUCAGGUAGAGUCUGACGCCAUGGAAACGAUUGGCUCACUGAUCCUCCUAUUCAGACAACGCCAUGGCUGGAAAUCUAUCCCGAUCGUCAUGCUGCACUAUUUCUGUGUUGCCGGUGUUCAUGCAACCUCGAGGCUAGAUAUACAUGAUCCAAAAUGGAAUCUUGUCCUCGAAAGCUGCGUCGUCGGUCUCUGGCAUAUGAGUUUAGGCUGGGGCAGAUUGUGCAAGGCCUUUCUCCGAACUAUCGAGCUGGUUCUCAAAUCAAACAGUCCAGACCCUGCAUUGAUACCCAUUAAAGUGGUUGCGAUCUUCAAACGGUUGAACAGCGACCUCUGGUCGGCAACUGAUGUCGCCUCGCUUUCGGCGGACUAUGUGGUGCAGCAGGUCUCCAAGAAGGUCAAUGCUCCCAACACACACGUCGUGAGCAGUCAGAAUUUGGAGGCUCUAAUUCGAGCGAUGGAGAAUCUUUGA